UUUUCAGCAGAGCCAAGCUAGGAUAAUGUCUGGAAAUACGGUGAAAUUGAACAUCGGCGGAACUGUGUUCGAGACCUUGAAGUCGACUUUGACUAAGCACGACGGAUUCUUCAAGGCGCUGGUUGAGACUGAUAUUCCGGCUGAAAUGGACGAUUCCACUGCUUCUUCAUUGAUCGCUCUCCGAAGCACUUUGACGCGGUGCUCAACUACAUGAGAUUCGGCUAUGCUGACCUUCCAGAAUCGGAGAACGAGAUUCUCGAACUGAAGAAGGAGGCUGAAUACUACUUGCUGAACGGCUUGGCUGAUUUGUGUGAGUAUCAGCGUCCGGUGGACAACUUCAGAACUUGCACUGCUGAUGAGCUGAUGCGUGUCAUCGUGAACACCAAGAAGAAAGUUAUUGUGAUCAACUACUUGACUCACGAGGAUCGGCUCGUCUUUGUCCCAACCGGCUUCAACUUUUGCGAUUUUAUGGAGCGUCACAAGGAUAAGGUGGAAGUCGUCUUUUUCAAUAAGUUGGAAACCGAAUACUCGAACACAGCUAGCGUUCCGCCUCACAUUCACGAUGUCUGCUGGAGGUUCAAUAUCUACAAUGCUACGUGCAUGGAUGGACGGCGUUUCGAGUCAAUGAAGGACCUGGAACGCUGGAUGAAAUGAGCUUUAUAAUCCUAAAAGUACCUUAUUUGAAGAAUGAAAUAUAGUCCCAUGAAUAUUUUUGAUUCCCGAAUAAACCUGUGUAUCUUAUGAA